AUGGGAAAACCAGCAGGAAACAACCGCAAGAGAAUGACCCCUGAAUCAACCACUUCUUCUCCUCCAACGACGCCCCCAUCAUCGCCGGUAUUCACCUCACCCGGUUCACCCUCAUCGCCACCGGUAUUCACCUCACCCGGUUCUCCCUCACCGCCACCGGUAUUCACCUCACCCAGUUCUCCCCCACGGCUAUUCGCCUCAUCCGGUUCUCCCCCACCACCACCGCUAUUCACCUCACCUGGUUUUCCCAUACCCCCACCACCACCACUUGUCCCCGACGAAGACAUAUUCGGAGCACUCUCUCCAUUUUCCGCCGAACCUUCUCAAGCACAACCAGAACCCUUGGCCGUUAUUAUCCCUCGCAAUCCAGUUAUUCAAGACUGGGUCUCUUAUUCUUCUUUGGAAUGGUUCGAGAAAUACCGACCUCCAUUACCCUCUCCCGAUUCCAAAAAAGAUGGUUUCCUCAGGUACACCACUAUUCGCCGACGCUACCCUUCUCCGGAACCCCCCUCUUAUGAUACUUACAGGGAACCCUUCUUUCCCUCCAUCGCUGAAACAACAGAUGCCACGUCAUCACCUUCCUCCAAAUUGGGAGCCGGCAUUCGUAAUCUUGGAAAUACGUGCUUCCUCGCUUCUAUUCUUCAGUGCUUUACACACACUGUCCCACUGGUCCACGCGCUUCGUUCUUCCACCCAUGAAUCUUGUGGUUCGGGCGCUUUCUGCGUGGCAUGUGCUCUACGCGAGCUCGUUGAUGCUUCCUUGGCGUCCUCCGGUGGAUCGGUUUCUCCAAGAAAGUUUGUUCGCAAUUUGAACAAUAUUUCAGAUUCUUUUAAAGGCUCAGAGCAGCAGGACGCACACGAGUUUAUGCAGGGUGUGUUAGAUAAACUACGAAGAUGUUUCGCUGACAGAGAAGAUAACAUUGUUGAAAAUAUAUUUGGAGGUCGUCUUAUUAGCAAUCUUCGCUGCUGUAACUGUGGCCACUCUUCUGAUACUUAUGAGCCAGUGCUUGACUUGAGUUUAGAGAUAGAAAAUGUUACUACCCUUCUGCUUGCUCUGGAAUCUUUCACUAAGGUUGAAAAGAUUAAUGAGAAUUUUAAAUGCGAUGUCUGUGGGGAAAAGUUGUCAACGGAGAAGCGGCUUUUGUUGGAUCAAACACCUUUAGUUGCAGCAUUGCAUUUGAAGAGAUUUAACAAAGAUGUUCAGAAGAUAACUAAUCAUGUUAUUUUCACUUUGGAGUUGGACUUGCAGCCUUAUACCUCCGGUAUUAGCAAUGAUGAUAAUGUGCCUUUGAAAUAUGAUUUAUAUGCAGUUGUUGUGCAUGUUGGACCUUCUUAUAACUCCGGACAUUACUUUUGCUUUGUUCGAUCUGCCCCUGACAUGUGGCAUAAGAUGAAUGACUCAAAGGUUAAGUGUGUCCCAAGUGAUGUAGUGCUGAGUCAAGAGGCAUAUAUAUUGUUUUAUGCACGAAAGGGUACACCAUGGUUUUCGAGUAUUAUGGAGGAAGAGAAGGCAAAGGCUAUGCCAGUUGCAGAGUCUAAACUCGAUUUUAAAGAUAAACAAGACGAUGAUGAUCGUAUAGAAGAAGAGAAGGCAAAGGCGAUUCCAGUUGCAGACUCUAAACCUGAUUAUAAAUAUAAACAAGACGAUGAUGAUGGUAUGGAAGAAGAAAAGGCAAAGGCGAUGCCAGUUGCAGACUCUAAACUCGAUUUUAAAGAUAAACAAGGUGAUGGUGAUAGUAUGGAAGAAGAUAAGGCAAAGGCAAUGCCAGUUACAGACUCUAAACUCGAUUUUAAAGAUAAACAAGAUGAUGGUGAUCGUAUCGAAGAAGAAAAAGCAAAGGCAAUGCUAGUUGCAGAAGCUAAACUCGAUUCUGCAGAUAAACAAGAUGAUGGUGAUAGUACGGAAGAAGAAAAAGCAAAGGCGAUUCCAGUUAAAGACUCUAAACUCGAUUCUGCAGAUAAACAAGAUGAUGAUGAUGGUAUGGAGGAAGAAAAAGCAAAGGCGAUGUCUGUUAAAGACUCAAAACUCGAUUCUGCAGAUAAACAAGAUGAUGAUGGUGUGGAAGAAGAAAAAGCAAAGGCGAUGCCAGUUAAAGACUCUAAACUCCAUUAUGCAGAUAAACAAGAUGAUGAUGAUCGUAUGGAAGAAGAAAAGAAAAUCUGCAGUGAGCUUGGAGAAUCUAGUUACUCCCAGGAAUGA